UGCGGGCUUGUAGUAUAAGACGACACAACUUUUCUCAUCCCAUUUCCCUCUCGUGUCUCGGACACUAAAAUCAAAAACCCUAACCUCUCUCAACCUUUCACGGCAACGCCACCGAUUCCAAUCCCCACUCAUCGAAGAAAAAAUGAGUAGACGCUCGAGCAGAACUGUAUACGUUGGAAAUCUACCUGGUGAUAUCCGUGAAAGAGAAGUUGAAGAUUUGUUUCUGAAGUAUGGACACAUAACUCACAUAGAUCUAAAGGUUCCACCAACCCCUGGCUACGCAUUUGUAGAGUUUGAAGAUGCUCAAGACGCUGAGGAUGCAAUACGUGGACGUGAUGGCUAUGAUUUUGAUGGGCACCGGUUACGGGUGGAGCCUGCCCAUGGUGGACGUGGUCAUUCAUCCUCAAGAGAUCGGCACAGCAGUCACAGCAAUGGACGGGCUGGACGUGGGGUGUCCAGGCGCUCUGAAUAUCGUGUUCUAGUCACAGGAUUGCCCUCUUCAGCAUCCUGGCAGGAUCUUAAGGAUCACAUGCGCAAGGCAGGAGAUGUUUGCUUUUCCCAGGUCUUUCAUGAUGGAAGGGGUACUACUGGUAUUGUGGAUUACACAAAUUAUGAUGAUAUGAAAUAUGCUAUCAAGAAGCUUGAUGAUUCUGAGUUUCGAAAUGCAUUUUCCAAGGGUUAUGUUCGAGUGAGGGAAUAUGAUUCAAGGCGGGACUCGUCUAGAAGUCCUAGCCGUGGCCCAUCUCAUUCUAGAGGAAGAAGCUAUAGCCGCAGCCGCAGCCGCAGCCGUAGUUACAGUCGAGACCGGAGCCAAAGCAAAUCUCCUAAGGGUAAAUCUUCACAGCGUUCACCUGCUAAAUCUCCAUCAAGAUCUCCUGCCCGUUCUCGUUCAAGAUCAAAGUCUCGUUCGUUGUCAGGAUCACGGUCCAGGUCCAGAUCUCCAUUGCCCUCUCGUAAUAAAAGUCCCAAAAGGCGCAGUGCUAGCAGGAGUCCGAGUAGGAGCAGAAGCAGGAGUAAAAGUUUGUCUCGGUGAGCUCUGAUUGUUGCAAUCGAUGAAGUUAUGGACGUGGUGAGUGCUACCACCAAGUUUUCUAGUAAAAUUGACAUUAGCCAUGAAAAACACUUAUUUGAUUUUAUGUUUGAUAUUGGACUUGAGACUUCUACCUAUUGGCGACCUAGUUUUAAAUACUGAGGAUUUGACAGACCUUAGAUUUCUGUAAUAGACCUGUUACAUUGUUAUUAUUUGGUUUGAGUAACUUAGACGAUGACUUAUAUUGCAAGAACUCUGCAUAAUUUAUAUGUUUGAUUGUUUUCUUGUA